AGGGAGAGCGAGAGAGAGAGAGAGAGAGCGAGAGAGACGGAUAUCUCAGGUCAUCUGCAGCUGCAGCAAACCAGUAAGGGAGAGAGAGAGAGAGAGAGCGAGAGAGACGGAUAUCUCAGGUCAUCUGCAGCUGCAGCAAACCAGUAAGGGAGAGAGAGAGAGAGAGAGGGAGAGGGGGGAAAAAGCAGGGAAAAAGAUGGCGAUUCUCCAUUGCUGAGACCUGGCAAGGAGCACAUGAGUCUAGCAAAAACAACUUCCACAACAAUUGCAAGCAGGAGAAGGAGAGAAAGGAGAGCCGUGGAAAGCGACCAGCGCCAGCGCCAGGACCUUCCCGCUGUUUUCCUAAUGUAAAACUUACCAACAAGGACCAUGGAGGUGCUGCAGUGUGAUGGCUGUGAUUUUCGAGCACCUUCCUAUGAAGACCUUAAAGCUCACAUCCAGGAUGUUCAUACUGCGUUUCUGCAGCCCACAGAUGUCGCUGAAGAAACUCCUAGCCCAUCAAGAUUCAGUUCCAUGAACAGUGACCAGGCUGAGGUGGAGUAUUCUUUGGUAAAAGAUGAAUUUGCAGUGGCAGAUGGGAUGGCAGGACAAAAUGCAGCUCAGCUGGGGACUGGCAAUUACUAUAGCCAUAGCCAGAGUUACUAUGGCCAACAUAUGCUCUCCAAAUCAGCAAACAAGUUUUUCCAGUGUAAAUUCUGUGUGCGUUAUUUCCGGUCCAAAAACCUUCUUAUAGAACAUACCCGGAAAGUCCAUGGUGCUCAGGCUGGAGGCUCCCCAACUGGAUCUGCAAGUGCUGGUUCCUUAAAUUACAACAUCAUGAUGCACGAGGGCUUUGGGAAGGUAUUUUCUUGCCAGUUCUGCACCUACAAAUCACCAAGACGUGCACGGAUUAUAAAACAUCAGAAGAUGUACCACAAAAACAGCCUGAAGGAGAGCUCUACCCCUCCUGCUUCUUCAGCCGCUAUAUCUGAAUCAACAUCUACAUCUAUCUCAGUGCAGGAUUCGUGCAAGGAGCUUCCAGCUGAAGUUGUUGAGCGUAGUAUUUUGGAGUCUAUGGUCAAGCCUUUAACCAAAUCAAGAGGCAACUUCUGCUGUGAAUGGUGUAGUUACCAGACACCCCGAAGGGAACGUUGGUGUGAUCAUAUGAUGAAGAAGCAUCGAAGCAUGGUGAAAAUACUGUCCAGCCUGAGGCAGCAACAGGAUGGGUCCAGUAUGUCAGAUGUUAUAAGCAAGGGUCCCCCAAGCCCUCCCCCAAACUCUAACUAUAUACCCAUGAAUGCUUCUGGGCGAGAGAUGCCUAAUGCAAAUGUCCCAAACUACAGAAGUUCAGUAAACAAUUCUCUUAUCAGGUCCAGCACAUCUUCAAAAUUUUCUUCUGUUUCCUAUCCUCAAAUGAAACAUAAGGCACCUCACAACUCAAGCAUUGUUAAUUUGUCUGACAGAUCUCGUUACGGGGUGGGUGACAUGGCAAAUUCUACUGAUAUGGAUACAAACAGUAUGCUCAAUGACUCCAGUUCUGAUGAUGAGCUCAAUGAACUAGACAGUGAGAAUGGGUUGAACUCUAUGGAUCACCAAAGCUCAGGACUAACUGCAGAGCAGCUGAUGGGAUCUGAGGGCCACAAGUUACUGGAAACAAAGGGGAUCCCAUUUAGAAGGUUUAUGAAUAGGUUCCAGUGUCCUUUCUGCCCUUUCCUUACCAUGCAUCGGCGGAGCAUUUCUCGCCACAUUGAGAACAUCCAUCUGUCUGGAAAGACAGCAGUAUACAAAUGUGACGAAUGCCCUUUCACUUGCAAGAGCUCUUUUAAACUUGGUGCUCAUAAGCAAUGUCAUACUGCUGCAGCAUCAGACUGGGAUGCAGUGAAUUCCCAAACUGAAAGUAUAGCUUCUUCUUUAAAUGAAAGUACGGUAUCCUAUGAAGGGGGAAAUAUGAAUGGCAGGAAGUCUGGGGGAAUGAUGGAUUCCAUGCAGCAGCAGCAACAAUCUCCACAGUCCAAUUCGCAGCAUCCAUAUAAAUGUACCAUGUGCAAUUAUUCUACAACUACUUUGAAAGGUCUUCGGGUUCAUCAGCAACAUAAGCACUCAUUUUGUGAUAACUUGCCAAAAUAUGAGGGCCCAUCAGCAAAUACCCUGCAAGACAGUGAGCCUGAUGCUCAUGCUUCUCCCAGCACUGUGAAGAAAAGCCAGACCUCAAUUCUUGGAUUGUCUUCUAAAAACAACUUUGUAGCAAAAGCCUCUAGAAAGAUGUCCAAUGACUUUCCCCUAGAUCUUUCCCCUGUGAAGAAAAGAACCAGAAUUGACGAGAUCGCCAGUAAUUUGCAAAGCAAAAUCAAUCAAAACAAGCAGCAAGAAGAUGCAGUCAUUAAUGUAGAGGACGAUGAAGAGGAAGAGGAUGACAAUGAAGUGGAAAUAGAAGUAGAACUGGACAAGGAAGAAGAACAAGCAGAACCACUGAUGGAAAUGGCAACAUUCACUUCCCAGCAAAUGUGGGGAAGAGACACGGGCGAACCUCAGAAAGAGCCCAACUACAGGAAUAUCCCCCAUGAUUACAACUCCACUAAUGGGGCAGAAAUUGAGUUAACUAUAUCUGAGGAUGAGGAGGAAUAUUACUGUUCUUCAGUGGGUUUGAAGGAUCAAGGACUGAAUUCAUCUGUUCUGGGCAGCCAGUCAAGUAUAUAUGGAUCUGAUCAAAACAAUGAGAAUUCAGAUUAUGGUGAUUCUGGAAGGCUUUACUAUUGUAAACACUGUGACUUCAGCAACAAAUCUGCCAGGAGUGUUAGCACUCACUACCAACGGAUGCAUCCCUACAUUAAAUUCAGCUUUAGGUAUAUUCUUGAUCCCAACGAUCACAGUGCAGUGUAUAGGUGUCUUGAAUGUUACAUUGAUUAUACAAACUUUGAAGAUCUGCAACAGCAUUAUGGUGAGCAUCACCCUGAAGCCAUGAAUGUAUUAAAUUUUGAUCAUUCUGAUUUGAUCUAUCGCUGUCGCUUCUGCUCUUACACUAGUCCAAAUGUUAGGAGCCUAAUGCCACACUACCAAAGAAUGCAUCCAACGGUGAAAAUUAACAAUGCAAUGAUAUUCUCAAGCUAUGUAGUUGAGCAACAAGAAGGGUUAAGCUCAGAAUCACAAACACUGAGAGAGAUACUGAACUCUGCUCCAAAAAAUCUGACCACUUCAACUCCAGUUGCACGUGGGACUUGUGGCAUACCUGCUGCUUAUAACAAAAACUCUUCAAAAGGCAAUAGCCCAGAAUCUGAAAGCCAGAAAGAGUCAACAGUCAACAGUGUUGUAGUUUAUGACUGUGAUGUCUGUUCAUUUGCAAGUCCCAACAUGCAUUCUGUCUUAGUGCAUUACCAGAAAAAACAUCCUGACGAGAAGGCUUCAUAUUUUAGGAUUCAAAAAACUAUGCGUGUGGUAUCAGUAGAGAGGGGCUCUGCCCUGGCUCAGAUGGCUUAUGAACUAGGAUCACCUGUUUCUCCCAAAAUGUCACAGCUACCACCUCCACCACCUCCAGACCUUACCACAGAGCUUUACUACUGCAAACAUUGCUCUUACAGCAAUCGGUCAGUGGUUGGAGUGCUAGUUCACUACCAGAAACGGCAUCCAGAGAUAAAAGUGACUGCAAAAUACAUUAGGCAGACACCCCCCACUGCAGCAAUGAUGAGAGCUGGAGAGAUACCUCCUGGUGUUCAUAGACCUACAGUUUCUAUGCAGCAGCUGAAUAGGGACAGCUCUGAUAGUGCUGUAGCUCCAUCAGAGAAUGAGAUGUUCUUCUGCCAGCACUGUGAUUAUGGAAACCGGACUGUAAAAGGUGUUCUUAUCCAUUACCAAAAGAAGCAUCGUGAUUUCAAAGCCAACGCAGAUGUGAUUAGGCAGCACACAGCCACAAUCAGGAGCCUCUGUGAUCGUGGCCAGAAAAAUUCCCCUGGUGGCCUACAAAUUCCUACUUCUGGUUCUGAGCGAGAAAAGGCUAAGUUGAGAGCUCUCAAAUGCAGGCAGUGUUCUUAUACAUCUCCUUAUUUCUACGCGCUGCGGAAGCACAUUAAAAAGGACCACCCAAGCUUGAAGGCUACUGUCACAUCUAUUUUGAGAUGGGCAUUUUUGGAUGGCUUAAUAGAAGCUGGAUAUCACUGUGAAUGGUGUAUCUAUUCUCAUGCAGAACCCAGUGGCUUGCUUGUGCAUUACCAAAGGCGACAUCCGGAGCAUUACGUUGAUUACACAUAUAUGGCAACAAAACUCUGGGCAGGGCCAGAUCCUUCACCUCCAGCCUUACUAAUACCAUCAGAAAUGAAAACGUACAAAUGCAGAGACUGUAUUUUUGAAGCCUCUUCCAUUUGGGAUAUCACUAAUCACUACCAAGCAUUUCAUCCUUGGGCUAUGAAUGGAGAUGAAUCUGUAUUACUAGAUAUUAUCAAGGAGAAAGAUGCUGCUGAUAAAGCUAACCCAGCAUCCAACGAUGUUGGUGCCAGAAUAAUUUCGGAGGAUCAGAUAGCAGUGCCACAAGGGGACCAGGAUAUAGAAUAUGCAGAAGAGUCAAACCUUUCCCAAGAUAAAACUCUUCAGCUCACCUCUGUGAACCCUGCAAUAUCCUCCACACCAUAUCAGUGUACAGUGUGCCAGUCUGAAUAUAACAAUUUGCAUGGACUUCUAACCCAUUAUGGAAAAAAACAUCCUGGGAUGAAAGUUAAAGCUGCAGAUUUUGCACAAGACAUUGAUAUUAAUCCAGGAGCUGUGUACAAAUGUAGGCAUUGUCCUUACAUUAAUACACGCAUUCAUGGUGUUCUUACACAUUAUCAGAAAAGGCAUCCUUCAGUGAAGGUCACUGCAGAAGAUUUUGUGCAUGAUGUGGAGCAACCUGCUGAUAUGAACCAGAAUGACGUGGAGGAGACCAGCAGAAUUUUCAAGCAAGGGUAUGGUGCUUACCGGUGUAAAUUGUGCCCCUACACGCAUGGCACUUUGGAGAAGCUCAAAAUUCACUAUGAGAAAUACCAUAAUCAGCCUGAAUUUGAUGUAUUUGCACAGUCUCCUCCAAAAUUCCCUGCCUCCAUGGAACCUGAAGUUCUCGCUGAAAUUAAGCCCUCACCAGAGAUUGCUCCGGAAGAGAUCAUUGGAGACGAUUCAGUACCAUCUUCCCACUUUUCCAGUUCCCAUUUGGUUUCUCAUACUGUAUUCCGGUGCCAGCUUUGUAAGUAUUUUUGCUCUACCCGGAAAGGGAUAGCAAGGCACUAUCGAAUAAAACACAACAAUGUUCGGGCACAGCCAGAAGGCAAGAACAACCUGUUUAAAUGUGCCCUGUGUUCCUACACAAACCCUAUUCGUAAAGGUCUGGCUGCCCAUUAUCAGAAGCGGCAUGACAUUGACGCUUACUAUACGCAUUGCUUAGCAGCCUCGAGGACUAUAAGUGACAAACCCAACAAAGUGAUCAUUCCCUCACCCCCGAAGGAGGACUCUCCUCAGCUAAGUGAGGAGCUGAGAAGGGCAGUGGAGAAGAAGAAAUGCUCCCUCUGCUCCUUCCAGUCCUUCAGCAAAAAAGGCAUUGUCUCCCACUACAUGAAGCGUCAUCCUGGAGUAUUCCCUAAGAAACAGCAUGCCAGCAAGCUGGGGGGUUACUUCACUGCCGUGUACGCAGAUGAGUAUGAAAAGCAGCAACCUCCACCAGAAGAGAGGAAUGAUUUUGAGAAGCCUGAACUGGAGGUGGAAGCUCCAGAGGUGGAGUGGCUUCCUUUCCGGUGCGUCAAGUGCUUUAAGCUCUCCUUCAGCACGGCGGAGCUCCUCUGCAUGCAUUACACAGACCACCAUAGCAAGGAUCUGAAGAGGGAUUUUACCAUCCUGGGAAGUGGGGCCCGUUUCCAGUGUAGACACUGUGACAGUAAGCUGCAUAGCGUGGCGGAGCUGACCACACACUUGAGCAGCCACAAUGAGGAGUUCCAGAAACGUGCCAAGCGUCAAGAGAGGAGGAAGCAGCUUCUGAGCAAGCAAAAAUACGCAGAUGGUGCUUUUGUAGAUUUCAAACCGGAGAGGCCUUUUGGCAGCUUGGAAGAAGUUUCAAAAUUGAAGGAGAGAAAGGUGGUGGGAUACAAAUGUAAAUUCUGUGUAGAAGUUCAUCCGACCCUUCGAGCCAUUUGCAAUCAUCUUCGUAAACAUGUCCAGUAUGGAAAUGGCUCCUCGGUGUCUGCUGCAGUCAAGCAGGAAGCUGAAGAUCCUUCACAUGCAGCUUUCUUGGAGGGUAUUGAGGGAGCCAAAGACCCGGGCAGUAUGGCCACGGUGGAACUUGCAGAAGCUGAAUCUGGACCAUCACUGGAAGAUGAAACCAGACCUGGUGGCUACCAUUGCAGCCAGUGUGACCGGGUUUUGAUGUCUAUGCAGGGUCUACGAUCGCACGAGAGGAGUCACUUGGCAUUGGCCAUGUUUACUCGCGAAGACAAGUACAGCUGCCAGUAUUGUUCCUUUGUUUCUGCAUUCAGGCACAAUUUGGAUCGCCAUAUGCAAGCACACCAUGGACAUCAUAAACCAUUCCGCUGUAAACUCUGCCCUUUCAAGUCCUCCUAUAAUAGCCGGCUGAAAACUCACCUGCUCAAAGCUCAUGCUGGUGAACAUGCGUACAAAUGUUCCUCCUGUUCAUUUUCCACCAUGACAAUCAGCCAGCUAAAAGAGCACUCCCUGAAAGUGCAUGGAAAGGCACUGACACUACCAAGACCAAGAAUUAUCAGCCUUGUAACCUCGCAUGCUCAACAUGCCUCCAAGAACCACACUACUGCUGAAGAAGUGGAAGACUCGAAUGAUGCUUACUCAUCAGUCUUGGGGAGCUGGGGGGAAUGUUGGAACCCCAUCCUGAUGCAUGUGCAGAGGGCCAGGCUUCCUUCCAAAAGUCUUUGCUGUAGAAGAAGAAUCACAGUUAGAGACUCUUCCUAUUCGGAACCUCCAGAUGUCCAGCAACAACUGAACCACUAUCAGUCAGCAGCCUUGGCAAGGAACAAUAACAACAUUAGCCCCAUCCCGCUUUCUGGAGGAGACCAGAAAGCUGAAGCCAUCCUUAACUGUGAAUUUUGUGAAUUCUCUUCUGGUUACAUUCAGAGCAUUCGGCGUCAUUAUCGCGACAAACACGGAGGGAAGAAGUUGUUCAAGUGCAAAGACUGUUCAUUUUACACAGGCUUUAAAUCUGCUUUUACUAUGCAUGUGGAAGCUGGGCAUUCAGCAGUUCCGGAAGAAGGACCCAAAGAUCUCCGUUGUCCUCUCUGUCUCUACCACACCAAAUAUAAACGGAACAUGAUUGACCAUAUUGUCCUUCAUAGAGAAGAGCGAGUGGUCCCCAUAGAAGUAUGCCGUUCCAAGCUGUCCAAAUAUUUGCAGGGAGUUGUUUUCCGCUGUGACAAGUGCACCUUCACCUGUUCCAGCGAUGAGAGUCUGCAGCAGCACAUAGAGAAGCACAAUGAGCUGAGACCUUACAAAUGCCAGCUCUGCUACUAUGAGACCAAGCACACGGAUGAGCUCGAUGCGCACCUUCGAGAGGAGCAUAAGGUGAGUCGCAAUUUUGAGCUGGUUGGACGGGUUAACUUAGAUCAGUUGGAACAAAUGAAAGGAAAAGAGGAGAGCUCCAGCAGUGAUGAGGAAGAAAAGGACGAGGAGAUGAGCCCCAAGACAGAAGAGAGAGGGGCCAUGAGGUUUUCAGAACAUGGUCCUCCUGAAAAACGCUUCCCUUGUGAAUUUUGUGGGCGAACAUUUUCUGAAGGCUCUGAAUGGGAACGACAUGUACUGAGACAUGGCAUGGCAGUGAAUGAAACCAACCGGGUGAUCAGUGACGAAAGCCAGGCCAAAGAGAACGCGGAGGAGAAGGUUAAGGUACCAUUGGCAGAAGAGAUGGAGAGCAGCCCGAAGAGACUGGUGGACUUUUCCCACAAGAACGAAGCUGCCAUCUGUAUCGCUGCUGCUGCUGCUGCUGCUGCUGAUAAUAAAUCACUCCCAGAGAUGGCAGAGGUCAAAAGUGAAUGAGCACCUGGUGUGAUUUCAGACAACCUACUUGAACAGUGAUAAAUGGGGAGGGGGCGGGGAGGGGGACAAGGAAGAAUCAAAGCUGCUUUUAGGACUGAAUGAUCUAUUUUCAAAGCACUGGUACCUGUAUGUGUGUGUGCGCGUGUGUGCGUGUGUGUACAUAGAUUAAAUUUAUUUAAUUGAGGAUGGUGGAAUACAUGGCUCCAUGACACCCGCACGACUCUUCUGGAUCUUGACAAUGGGAAGUUACGGUCAUUUAGACUUUCAAGAAGCAAAUUCCCAGACGCGUCUUGCAUUUUGCCUUUGCGCUCCGCCAUGGAGACUUUUGGAUUCUUUCGACGAUGGAAGCGUCCCGAGGAUGGAAGAGUGCAGGGGACACCCUUCAGCGCCCGACUUUGGGGCGCUUUUUUUUUCUAGUUUUAAUAUACAUAUUAUGCUUUUCCAGAGUGACAAAAAAAGAAAAAAGAAAAAAAGAAAGUUAAAAACUGCUUUUGCUUAAAACAGUCACCUGUUUCCUAGUACCUCAGAAUUAACCAAGGGAAAUUAAAAAACAAAACAAAACAAAUCUCUGCAUUUGUGAGUACUACCUGUUGUCAUUGUGGUUAAAUAUAGAGAGAGAGACAGACUGCUGGGCAAGAUGGUGAAUGGAAGAAAAACCACAAAGUUUUAAAAGAAAGGAAAACAAAAUUGUGCUCAAAAAUCCCUGUGGGGGUUUUAUUUCUUAAAAUACUGUGAUUUUUUUAAUUAUUUUAGUAAAAAAACAAAACAAAAAA